AUGGUCACCAACGAAUCGACCUCCGUAGCCAGUGAGCUUCUCUACAGCACUAGGCGCACCCUCGACGCUUUCCAUCUCUUUCCUCAGCUCCCAGCCAACCUCCGCACUCGCGUGCUACAGCUCGCCGCGUCUGGUCCACGAACACGCUUUAUCGAAGUAUACAACUACACAGCGCCAACCUACACACCACGCCUCCGCUAUAUACCCCAACUACCUCCACUCUUCCGUACGUCACACGAAACACGCAUAUUCAGCAUCACCCACGAAGGCGGCGAGUUGAUCUACUUCCUCGGCACCACGCCGGAGAAGCGGAAAUUCUACUUCAACUUCGCCCGUGAUAUCAUCUUCCUCAGCUCCCGUUUUACGCCUUCGGGUCACAGCACUGAGGCUUUCCGCCUCCGUGAGCUGUCGACGCUGCUCCCGCUGCAGUUUUUGGCGAGAAUGUCGCGCGUCGUGGUGACCUACUCCAGCCUGGAUGGUUACAAGUCUAUCGGAGGGGUGCUGCGUUGUUAUGUGGGAUUGGAGACGCUGUAUGUUAGUAUGAGCGAUUGGUGGAGCGAUCGUAGUGUGAAGACGAGGUUACGGAGGGGACGGCCGCAGGUGGGGUAUGUGGCGUGCAAGGUGGAGACGGAAUUGAAGAUUGCAGAGGCAGAGGAGACAGAUGAUGAGAGCGAGAGCGAUGGAGAGUGUGUGGCAAGAUUGGAGAUCAGGAAGAGUAGGAGGGUGGUGGAGUGUGAGUUGAGACUUGAUGAAUAA